ACUACACCUUAUAAUCCAUUGCACAAAGCUAUUCGGAGGCAAGGUGUUCAGGGUGAAGCUAUGAGAAAUAUCGCUAGACAGGCACCAGUGGGUCCACAGGUAGAUCAAAAUGCUGCUGCAGCUAACAGAUUCUCGACAGCCUCAGCGGUGGCGGUAGUGAUUACGAAAUUACAGCGAUCUUCCCCCACGCCAGCUUCGUUACACCAUUAUUGUGAUCAUAUCUUGGGAAACUGUCUUCUAAUCGAAAGAACUGGCAAGCUAUGUGCUAGAACAAUUUACUACGAAUACCGGUCCUACGAAAGUUAUUGUCAUAUGGAUUUCAUCAAUUGCAGAGAAGGAGAUGAUAUAUGGCAAGUUGUGCACAUGGGCGCUUGUUUUGAGUUACCUAAAAUUAAGGAAUAUAUGCACUACGUGUACCACGAUGACUGGUUUUUGGACCAAUAUUAUAUCUUGGAAGACUUUUGAUGUAAACCUUUACAAUAAGAGUCAAAUGAAUUGGAUCAAGUUGACCUGGUAUUUAACAGAAGCAAGUUUUGA